GUUUACCUGCGGAAAUAUUUUUAUAUUGGCAUCAAUAUCCCUACCUGUUCGGACUGCCCUUCUGCAAGAUACGUGCGUUCAUUUCAGAAGCUUCGACGUACGUCUCCGUGCUCACCAUCGUCGCCUUCUCCAUGGAACGCUUCCUCGCCAUUUGCCAUCCAUUGCAUUUGUAUGCGAUGAGCGGCUUUAAGCGUGCAGUUCGUAUUAUUGCUGCCCUUUGGAUUAUAAGCUUAAUAAGCGCCAUUCCAUUUGGUCUGUGUACAGACAUAGAGUAUUUGACUUAUCCCCUUACCGACGCAAAAAUACCCGAAUCCGCCUUUUGCAGUAUGGUUGAUUAUCCUGAAAGUUUCCCUUUAUUUGAGCUGUCCUUCUGCGUUUUCUUCGUUAUACCGAUGUUGCUGAUUAUAAUCUUGUAUGGCAAGAUGGGCGCGCAGAUACGUUUCAGCACCACGUUGCAAUUGGGUGUUCAACAAGGCUCUAUGCAUCGUGAAUCUCGACAUCAGCAGUCGCGCAAAGCGGUUAUACGCAUGUUGGCCGCUGUUGUCGUAACAUUUUUCAUAUGUUGGCUGCCAUUUCAUAUGCAGCGUCUUUGGUUCCUCUAUGCCAAGGAAAACAACAAUUUCCAAGAGAUAAACGAAUGGAUGUUCUCUAUUGCCGGCUUCACUUACUAUGUGUCGUGCACCAUCAAUCCCAUACUAUACAACGUGAUGUCACAUCGCUAUCGAGUCGCUUUCAAGGAUAUACUUUGGGGCAAACGACGAAGUAUGUACUACAAUAAUGGAUUUGCUAGAGAUCAGUCUAGCUUCCGAGAAACAACGAUUGCGUCAAGCUUAGGUGGCGGUCACAAUGGUACAUACGAUCGAGUGCAUUCGAUACGCGUACGUUCAUUGCGUCACAUGAAUAACAUCAAAGAUCGCAAUUCGAUUAAAUCGAAAAAUAUGCUGUGGGCAAAAGAUGCAGACUAUGCGAUGCCAUUAAAGCAGGAUGUGCUGGAGAAUACAGCAAAGUUUGGCACAAAUGUUGUAGUCGUAGUGGACAAUGGUGGCAUCAAUGGACGUCCAAAAGUAUUCACUGAAAAUGAAGCUGAAGCAACACUGAUGAGCAAGGAUAAUGAGACUUGUAUUUAA